UCGUAAAUAAUAAAAUCUGGCAAAAUCCAAAUCUCGUUCUUUUUAUUUUUUCAGAAAGGGUCCGUGAGCUCUGCGAAAUAUUGAAAGGGGUCCAUAGCUAGAAAAAGGUUAAGAAACCCUGGUAUAGACCAUAUUAGUGAGGUUAGAAUCACUCUCUUGGCGGGAGAUCCAUAUUCAAAUUUUUUUACAUAGGAAUCACACAUUGAGAUGGAAUAUCACUAGCUAGAGGUAAAUGUUAGUAUAAAAACAUCAAAAAUUGGGUACAGUCAUUGUAAAUACGUGUUCCCAAGUAGUUUUUACAUCACAAUAUACUUUUUCAGGUCCUUAAAUUGAAAUUGAAACCUCUGAUCUUCGAAAGAUGACCGUAUGUCUGAGAUUAUUACAGCUGCGCGUCACGAUAAUGGUUUUAGAAGUUAUAUAAGUUUGAAGUUUCAUGUUGUUUGUCCUUUCAGUUUACUCCGAGCUAAGAAUAAGUUAGUUGAGUCUGCAUACCUCAUUUUGUGAUAUUGUUUGUUAUUGUGAUUUGUGUUUGUUAAUACCAAUCAAUCAUGACCUCGAGAAUCAUUAAGCUAUCUGCUAUCAAUGAAUACUUUAAGGAUGAUAUGAAAUUCAUUCAACGCGGCGAGAACAGUCUCUCAUCUGGUCAUCUGGAGACGUGCAAUUUCGAUCCCGGAUUACGAAUUAUCAAGGCAAAAGUGAAGGCCAGCAUGAAGAAUGAAAUUUACGAUGUUGAGGUGUUCUUCAAGUUCAAUUACGAAAUUGAUCAUUGUUCGUGCUCAUGCCCUAGAGGACAAUUUAUGUGCCACCACAUGGCUUGUGUGUUGAUACAUGCCCAUUAUAACAUUUCAAAAACAGAUGUUCCAUGUAUGUGGGUUCCUCGAGCAAAUGAAGUUGAAGAUCCUUGCCAAAUAACCACUGAUGAGUUGUUUGAUCCAUUAGGAGGAAGCGUCCCCCAUCCUACUCAAAUUCAGAGUUUCCAAGACAACCUACAGAAGGUUGGUAAUAACUGUGGUCUACUGUGGCUUAUGAAGGAGGCUCCAAAUUCUGCAUCAGAAGAACCAUUACUUGUAUCCAUAGAAGACCUGUUGCAGUCGGAUGAUUAUCGAGGCAGUAUCAAUAAAAUAGCUUAUAUUGAGAGCAUGGUUGCCAUCAGUGAUGACAAAAUUCUUGAAGUUGCUGAAAAAACGAAAGGUCAGGCACAAAGUCAGUUAUGGUUUAUAAGUAGGAAGAAUCGGCUAACUACUUCCAAUUUUGGUGAAGUAUUGAAGGCAGUGCAGAGGCAAAGAUUUAGUCCAUCUCUCAUGAAAACAAUCUCAGGUAAGGUGUCCUUUGUGAUUUAGAUUUUCACAUUUUUCAUAUCAAAUGUUUGAAUAUUUCAAAAUUAAGGAAAUUGUGGAAAAUCUUUUAAUGAGUGAUUUCGGGUUUUCAAUCUCUUUUAUCCACAAUUUGCACCAAAAGAAUGCAUAAAUUAAUAAUGCACUUUUUCAUUUCUAGGUGGAUGUGAUUUAGAAUUUGUGAAACAAA